GAAUAUUGAUGCGGCGCGCGUCGGCGUCGCCCUCCUCCCAUUGAGCGAGGCUGUGUCGCGUGGCCCAGCGUCGGCGUGACGGUUGGACGCGGGCGCGGCACUGCGGGUCCCGAUUGCUGCAGCCGCUUGUCAGUGUGAUGAAGAUUGGCACCCAGACACCAUUUGCUUUUCACUCAAGAUGAUUUGAUGUCUUAUAGAACUCUGGUGAACCAUGAUGGCUACACAGACAUUAAGUAUAGACAGCUAUCAAGAUGGGCAACAGAUGCAAGUAGUAACAGAGUUAAAGACAGAACAAGAUCCAAACUGCUCUGAACCUGAUGCAGAAGGAGUGAGCCCUCCCCCUGUGGAGUCUCAGACCCCGAUGGAUGUGGACAAGCAGGCCAUUUAUAGGCAUCCACUAUUUCCAUUGUUAGCUUUGUUGUUUGAAAAAUGUGAGCAAUCCACACAGGGCUCUGAGGGCACAACUUCGGCCAGUUUUGACGUAGACAUUGAAAAUUUCGUGAGGAAGCAAGAGAAGGAAGGGAAGCCCUUUUUCUGUGAAGAUCCAGAAACUGACAAUUUAAUGGUAAAAGCAAUCCAGGUUUUGCGCAUUCAUCUUCUUGAGCUGGAAAAGGUUAAUGAACUCUGCAAAGAUUUCUGCAGUCGAUACAUUGCUUGUCUGAAGACGAAAAUGAACAGUGAGACGCUGUUGAGUGGAGAGCCUGGAAGCCCGUACUCGCCUGUGCAGUCCCAGCAAAUUCAAAGUGCCAUUACAGGCACUAUCAGCCCUCAAGGAAUUGUGGUGCCAGCGUCUGCGCUGCAGCAGGGAAACGUAGCCAUGGCGACCGUGGCAGGUGGCACAGUGUAUCAGCCUGUCACGGUCGUCACUCCCCAAGGCCAAGUGGUCACGCAGACGUUGUCGCCCGGGACAAUUAGGAUCCAGAACUCCCAGCUUCAGUUACAGUUAAACCAAGAUCUCAGCAUCUUGCAUCAAGAUGAUGGUUCAUCCAAGAACAAGAGGGGCGUCCUGCCGAAGCACGCCACGAACGUGAUGCGGUCCUGGCUCUUUCAGCACAUCGGGCAUCCCUACCCAACAGAGGACGAGAAAAAACAGAUUGCUGCUCAGACAAAUUUGACACUACUCCAAGUCAACAACUGGUUCAUCAAUGCCAGAAGACGAAUUCUUCAGCCAAUGUUGGAUUCAAGUUGUUCAGAAACCCCCAAAACAAAGAAAAAAACUGCUCAGAACCGACCAGUUCAGAGGUUUUGGCCCGACUCUAUUGCAUCAGGAGUCGCCCAGCCACCGCCGAGCGAGCUCACCAUGUCAGAAGGAGCUGUUGUGACCAUCACCACGCCCGUGAACAUGAACGUGGACAGCCUGCAGUCUCUGUCCUCGGACGGGGCCACCCUGGCGGUGCAGCAGGUCAUGAUGGCAGGGCAGAGCGAGGACGAGUCUGUGGACAGCACAGAGGAGGAGGCGGGCGCCCUGGCCCCUGCGCACAUCAGCGGGCUCGUCUUGGAGAACAGCGACUCCCUGCAGUAGGACGGAGGAGCAGACUCACCUGACUUCUCAUAGUUUGCACAGCAAACAUUUUACACAGUUUUAUUUCUAAUAUGUUUUAUAUGUAGAUAUAGAAGAGUGCACUUUUGUAUUUCAUAGUAAGCUUAAAGCGCGUCUUUGCCGGUGCA